AUGUCGAACAGAUUUCCGCAUGCCGACCACCUCACGAAUGAGGAGGUUGAUUACGAGUUGUUAAUCCGGGGCAAGACGGGGGAAUUGACCAGUGAGCCAGAGGCUAAAUAUCGCCUUCUGCGCAAUCUGUUCCAUGAAGAUAUUCGUGAGAAGAGAGACUACCCAUCUCCGUAUACGGUGGAGCAGGAAUUCGACUAUAUUGCGGGUAAGGUUGACGAUUUAAGCAGAAGGUUGGAGCGUGGCAGUGAUGAAAGAGUUGUAUCCCGGCUGAAGCAUUACGCUAUGCGAAUAGCUCGAUGCCAAGCCGCGGAUACGAAUUCAGAGAAGAUGAAACGGGAAUUGAACGAAUUUGUCCGAGAGAUGUUGAGCAGAUCUAAUGGCAAGAAAACUUCCGACGAGAGACAGGGUCGGACAAGGGCGAUGGACGCACGACGAAACUUCUCGGACGACUUAGGUAAUGGUGAUGAUGGUGCCGUAGGUGGACAGGUAGAAGAUGGUUUGCAGCCGGCGAACAGCGAUUCAGCAAGACGAGAUAGUUCGCAAGGUGCAGUUCCGAAGCAGCCUAAGGUAAACCGGGAUCAUACUGCGACACCAGAACGGCCAGAAGAUCAUCAGGCAUUAUUGAAGCGAAUAGAGAGUUUAGAAAGGGAGUUAGCGAAGGCACGGAUUGAAGGAUCACGCCAAGGACCGGCAAGUCGGAAUGAACUUCCGCGAGUAAAUCGAACGGUCUCGGACAGCUAUUUACCACAGUCUGGGAACGCGGGAAAGAUGUCACGGGAAAGGCAUUCGGCCAAUUUUCCUCUACCACGGGCGGAGGAACCAGAUCGAAGCAGAUGGACUGGUGGUAGGUUUGAUCGCUUCCAGCGCGCAGAUUUCUCGCACGAUGAACGUUUUGCCUCUCCCGACCGGUUCAAUAGAAACCGUCAUACCACGCAACCCGCUGGUAGGCAUCGCGACCGUCACGCUGCAUUUGAACAGGAGGACUGGGAGUCUAGUGAUAAUGACAGCCACGAGGAAGACCACGAAGUGUUCUACCGUCGAGGUAGGCACCAUGGUCGAAACCAGCGGCGGAUCAGUGACGAGGAGAUUCGGGACGCAGACCGUCGGAUGGAAAAGUGGCAUCUGACCUACAGCGGAGAUAGUCGACAACGCUCGUUAGAGGAUUUCCUGCACAAAGUCUGCCGCCUAGCCCACAUGGACCGUAUUGCGAAAGACGUGCUCCUGCAACGAAUCCAUACGAUCCUUAGAGGGGAAGCCUAUGACUGGUAUCUAUGCUACUCCGACGAGUUCCUCACUUGGGAGGACUUUGAGGAAAGGUUACGGUACAUGUACGGUAACCCCAACAAGGAUCAAGGGACUAGGCAACGUAUUUACGAUCGCAAACAGCACCGAAACGAGACUUUCCUUUCAUUCAAGAUGGAGAUAGAGCGGCUAAACAAACUGUUGACUACCCCGUUAGACCAGCACCGUUUGUUCGAGGUGAUAUGGGACAACAUGCGUCCACACUACCAAGCGAAGCUUGCAUAUCGCACGGUUCGAACUUUGCGAAAGCUAGAGUUCUACGCGUACCGCAUUGAUGCACAUGAUCCCGUGUUCCGGCAACCAAGAGAAGGACCGCCACGACCACCGAACCGAAUCCACCAGAUUGAGGUGGAGAGGGAAAAUGCCGAUUCUUACGAGUCAUACUCGGAGCCAGAAGAAGUGAAUUUUGUUGGUCGUAAAGAGAGUCAGCAGAAGAAAUCAACCGACGUGCCGAAAACUCACGCAAACUCCUCACGACAGCCGCCGGAACGCGUAGCCGAGCGUUCAAAUCCAUUAUGUUGGAACUGUCGUAAAAACGGACAUGUGUGGAGACAGUGCAUGGAAGAGAAGCGAAUCUUCUGCUAUAUAUGCGGAAAUCCUGGAGCCGUAUCGACGAAUUGUAAUAGUCAUCCGCGAACCGGAACGAAGGUGUGCGAGGUUCGUGUCCAAACUGGAAGCUGCCCACACAUCACCGUACAGAUUUUUGACGAGGAGUUCGAUGCGCUACUAGAUUCCGGAGCGAGUGUCAGUGUGACUAAUAUACCUGACAUUGCUGAACGGAACGGGUUAGCACUCCAGGUCAGCCCGCUGAAAAUUGUGACCGCCGAUAAGACUAUCCACGAGAGUCUGGGUUAUGUAUCAUUGCCCGUGCGGUUUAGAGGAUUAACUAAAGUCCUUCCGACGCUAGUAGUUCCGCAGGUCUCCCAGAAGUUAAUCCUGGGUUACGACUUUUGGAAACAGUUUGGGAUCCAACCCAUGAUUAUGGGGGAAAAUGGCUUCGAACGAGUGACCACGGUGGAAGCUGCAAGGCCCGGGGAAUGUGAUGCAGAAGUGAGAUUGUCGUCGAUUACCACGUUACCGGCGCUAAAGCCGUCAGGACCGGACGAGUCGCUCGAAAUCCCCGCGUUGGAACUACCCGAACCUUCCAAGACCACGCCAGAGACAGUCGAGACCGAGCACGAACUGGCGGACGUAGACCGGAAUCAGUUGAUAGAAGCAAUCAAAAUGUUUCCGUGCACGACCGAAAACCGACUAGGCAGGACGUCGUUGCUGCAACAUGAGAUCGUGUUAAAGGAGGAAGCAAAGCCCUGUCGGCAACCACUGUAUCGUUGUUCGCCAGCGAUACAGGCUGAAAUGGAAGCAGAACUGGAGAGGUACAAACGGAUGGAUGCCAUUGAGGAAUGUACCAGUGAGUGGGCAAGUGCCUUAGUCCCCGUUCGCAAGACGAAUGGUAAACUGAGAGUAUGCCUAGACUCACGGCGGAUAAAUAGCCUUACCAAAAAAGAUUCCUACCCCAUGCGCAAUAUGGGGGGAAUAUUUCACCGGCUUGGUAAAGCAAAAUUCUAUUCUGUGGUAGACCUGAAGGAUGCGUAUUUCCAAAUUCCUCUUAAAGAGGAGUGCCGGGAUUAUACCGCCUUCAGGACGCCACAAGGAUUAUUCCGCUUCAAGGUUUGUCCGUUUGGCCUAACAAAUGCCCCCUUUACAAUGUGCCGACUCAUGGAUCGCGUGAUAGGCUUCGAUUUGGAGCCAAACGUGUUCGUCUAUUUAGACGAUAUCGUCAUUGCGACGAAGACGUUUCAAGAACACGUUCGGCUCCUGAGAAUCGUAGCGAACCGAUUGACGAAAGCGAACCUCACGAUUUCUCUGGACAAAAGUCGGUUCUGUCGCAAACAGGUUACCUAUUUAGGUUAUCUGCUGACCGAGGAGGGGGUGGCGAUUGACAAUGGCCGUAUCGCACCGAUUUUGAACUACGCCCGCCCACGGAACGUGAAGGAUAUUCGCCGUCUGUUGGGCCUGGCUGGUUUCUAUCAGCGGUUCAUUCGGGAAUACAGCCGAAUUGUGGCACCGAUAUCAGACCUCCUGAAGAAGUCGAGAUCGAAGUUUGUCUGGACUGAUGCAGCAGAAGUGGCCUUCGGAGAAUUAAAAUCCGCGUUAGUAUCAGCGCCUAUCUUGGGAAACCCCGAUUUUUCGCUGCCGUUUUCCAUUGAAUCAGACGCCUCAGAUAAUGCUGUUGGAGCGGCCCUGAUUCAGCGCCAGGAUAAUGUUCCACAGGUUAUAGCGUACUUCAGCAAGAAACUGAGCAGCACUCAACGGAAAUACGCGAGUGUAGAGAAGGAGUGUCUAGGAGUGCUUCUAGCGAUAGAACAUUUCCGUCACUAUGUCGAGGGAACCCGUUUUAAGGUUGUUACCGACGCCCGAAGCUUGUUGUGGCUUUUCUCUAUUGGCGUAGAGUCUGGAAAUGCGAAACUUCUGCGGUGGGCCCUGAAAAUCCAAUCGUACGACAUUGAACUGGAGUAUCGCAAGGGUAAGAGCAAUAUCUUGGCGGACUGUCUUUCCAGAUCAGUAGAGAUGAUUGCUGUCCAGACCCUCGAUGCCGAACAACGAAAUCUAGCGGCAAAGAUUCAGCUGGAUCCCGCAAAAUAUCCAGAUUUUCGUGUUGCCAGCGGUGAGAUUUGGAAGUUUGUGAAGGUGGAUGGGAAAGUGGAAGACCCCCGAUUCCAGUGGAAACGUUACCCCGCAAAGCCAGAGCGCGCGGAUAUUGUACGGGAAAUUCAUGAAAAAGCCCACCUUGGUCCGGAGAAAACCCUGAAUGCGGUCAAAGAGCGAUACUACUGGCCGUUUAUGAGUAGCGAGGUGAAGCGAACCUGCCAGAGUUGUCUAGUCUGCCAAAUGAGCAAAGCUUCAAAUCAAAAUAGUACUCCGCCCAUGGCUGAACAGAAGAAAAUGGCCCAAUACCCAUGGCAAUUCCUUGCGAUGGACUAUGUUGGUCCACUUCCAGCGUCUGGUAAAGCACGGAAUACAUGCUUGUUGGUUGUGACCGAUUUGUUUUCGAAGUUCGUGAUAGUUCAACCUUUUCGACAAGCAACGGCAGAGUCCCUGGUGAACUUUGUGGAAAACUCUCUAUUCUUGCUGUUCGGAGUACCUGAAGUGAUCUUGUCGGACAAUGGAUCCCAGUUUACCUCCGCAUUGUUCAGUAACCUGUUGACCCGGUAUCAUGUCACGCACUGGAGGACGCCAAAUUACCAUCCGCAGGUAAACGAUACGGAGAGGGUGAACAGGGUGAUAACGACUGCAAUUCGGGCUUGCAUCAAGAAUGAUCAUAGAGAAUGGGCGAAUAAUCUCCAGCAAAUCGCGAACGCUGUGCGAAACUCGGUCCACGAUGCUACGCACUACACACCAUACUUCGUCGUGUUCGGUAGGAACAUGGUGUCCGAUGGGAGAGAAUAUCGACAAUUAAGGGAUGCGCCAACUACAAGCAAAAGUCAGAUUGGCAAUGAUGAAAAGGGAAAACUACUGGAAGACGUUAGAAAGAAUCUAAAAGCCGCAUACGAAAAGCAUUCGUCAUACUACAACCUGCGUUCCAAUGCCAAUUGCCCGACCUACUCUGUCGGGGAAAAAGUUUUGAAGAAAAAUAUGGAGCAAUCGGACAAGGGGAAAGGGUUCUGUGCUAAGCUGGCACCGAAGUACAUACCAGCGAUAGUAAGGAGGGUUGUAGGGGCGCACUGUUACGAUCUUGAUAAUACGCAAGGUCAAAGGCUAGGAGUUUACAACUGUAAAUUCCUGAAAAAGCUUUCUGGAACUUAG